CUGUACAAGCUAAGUUGGCUAGCAGCGAGGCUAGCUUGCUAGCUCACUCGCUAUCGUAUUCGCUGACGUUAGCCAACGCAGACGCUAGCGUCAUGAUGUUUUUUUGUUCGUAUAAAAAACACCAUGCAAGCGGUCGGUGUUGUGCACGGUGAUUUUGGGAGAAACUAUGUCAUAAACAGAAUAUAUUUUUUUAGCUCACGUUGUUUCAGGUUAGUUGACCGUUCUACGGUAACGCUGAAUAGAAAUGUAAUUGCGUGUUAACUAAACGUCACCACGGACUGUAGAGUGAACACAACGCGCUAUACAAUAGUCCGUUUCAGGUAGCGAAAAUGUCCAUAAUAAGAGAACAGGCCUGUACUGAAAGCGAGAAGAGGCAAGCCACACACAACAAGAUUCUUAUUUAUAACUGUUGCUGUCAGAGCAGAGAGUCAGACUUUUGAGUUUGGUGGCUUGGUUAAUCAGUCAUAAUAAUGUGGAUAGCAACCGUAUUGAGUAGUGUUGAGUUUCUCUGUGUGCGGUUAUGUAACUGUGCAAAGAUCAGCUGUUUAAAGUCAGUAAAAGUGGAACAUCACGUUUGUUUUGACUCUGCCUGCCUUAACGUGGUAAGCUUUGUCCCUUUGUUUCAUUGCCUGCAUGUUCAAAACAUACUGGGACAGUUGUUAUUGAGAUGUUCACCAACACAAUACUAAGCAUGAACUUGUCUGGUUUGAAAUAUGAUUAAAGGUCACCUAACAGGAAAGAAAAUUAACUUAUUUGCCAGUCAUGACAGAUAUUAGAUGGUUUCGUUUUGCACAUGAGGUUGACGAGUCAUAUUCAUUCACAGUAUUCACCCUGUGAACAUAAAACUGUGGAAAGAACAGUUGUCCUGCCAGUAGCGUAUCAUAAUCCAAUGACCGUGUUGUAAGUCAUUUCUAAUGCCAGAUGAUCACUUACCAGACUUUAGGUACACCUACACAUUCUAAUGAGAUCAAUAUCAAACCAAACUGACAUAAUAAAGACAGUAAUUCUGAUGGAUGUUGUAACUGAGAAAUAAUUGAGCAUUAUUAUCAAUGCAAAGAUGGUUUUUGUUGUGGCUGUUGAUCUCAGCAGAUUGCACCUGUGCCAAAUGAUCUGUCUGGAGUCGUAACAUUUGUAUUUAAGGCGGAAAAGAAAACAUGUCAAGCCAUCCCUUUUCUCACCAUAUGGUGCUCUGAUGGAGGUGAAGUGCUGACUGUGCACGUUGUUCACGAUUUGAGAAUGUCUUGUCACACGCUGAUUCCCGCGGUGGGAUGGGCAGCUUUAGUGGGGGAAGGCGGAAGCUCCUGAUGAUGCCAGCGGAAGUCGUGUUCUUCUCUCAGUGUGAGCUUAGUUGGCUCGAUCAUGAGCUACUCAAAACCAAAAAAAAAAAAAAAUGAAGAGAGAAGCACAGGCAAGUGGUUAAGCGGCGUUUGUGAUCCUGACACGGCUUGUGGCAGAGCAGCCUCGACGACCUUGGAGAUUAAGCGCUUUUCCUUGACUGUCAAUAUGUCUGCAAGUUGGACUUGAGUAAAUAAAAGACGAUCCGAGGCUGCAGUGUCAGAUCCCGAACCCACUGCAGGGGAGGAGAUGGGGAACACGGCGACCAAGUUUCGUAAGGCUCUCAUCAACGGGGAUGAGAUGCUGGCCUGCCACUUAUAUGAGAGCAACCUGCAGUUCAAGGAAGCUCUGGAUCCCAACUCUACAUAUGGGGAGUCCUACCAGCACAACACUCCGCUCCACUAUGCUGCCCGACACGCCAUGACACGACUACUCAGGUCUUUUCUCCUAAGCAAAGAUGGAAAUCCUAACAAACGCAAUGUGCAGAAUGAGACGUCUGUGCAUCUUCUUUGCAUGGGGCCCCUGAUCCUGACCUCAGAGGGGGCACUGCUACCCCGCAUCUCACGACCAUAUGAAGAUGAGCAGCGACGUGCGGAGUGUCUGCAAAUCAUUCUGGCGUGGACCGGAGCAAAGCUGGACCACGGAGAAUACGAGAGGGCUGAUAUCAAUGCCACAGAUAAUAAGAAAAAUACCUGUCUGCACUAUGCUGCUGCCUCGGGAAUGAAGACCUGUGUGGAGUUUCUAGUGCAGAGAGACGCAGACCUUUUUGCAGAGAAUGAAAACCGCGAGACUCCGUGUGACUGCGCUGAGAAGCAGCACCACAAGGAGUUGGCCUUGUGCCUAGAGUCACAGAUGGUCUUCUCACUCGCCCCUGAGGCGGAGGCUAUAGAGGCAGAGUACGCAGCUCUCGACAGAAGAGAGCUGUAUGAGGGCCUGCAACCUCAAGAUCUACGCAGGCUGAAAGAUAUGCUCAUAGUGGAGACAGCCGACAUGCUGCAAGCACCACUCUUCACUGCAGAGGCACUGCUACGCGCCCAUGACUGGGACAGAGAAAAACUCUUAGAGGCUUGGAUGACCAAUGCAGAGGACUGCUGCCAACGCUCAGGUGUACAGAUGCCCAACCCGCCUCCGAGUGGCUGCAAUGCCUGGGACACCUUGCCAUCACCUCGGACGCCACGUACCACCCGCUCCUCUAUCACCUCACCAGACCAUAUCAGUCUCAAUACUGCUGAUGAAGAUUCUUCUUUGUGUGGAAUCUGCAUGUCUUCCAUCUCAGUCUUUGAAGAACCUGUUGACAUGUCCUGUGGCCAUGAUUUCUGCAGAACAUGCUGGGAAGGGUUUCUUAAUCUAAAGAUCCAAGAGGGUGAGGCCCACAACAUCCUCUGUCCAGCCUUUGACUGCUAUCAGCUGGUACCUGUGGAAGUCAUCGAGAGUGUGGUGUCCAGAGAGAUGGACAAACGCUACCUCCAGUUUGACAUCAAGGCAUUUGUGGAGAACAAUCCAGCAAUUCGCUGGUGUCCAGAGGCUGGCUGUGAAAGGGCAGUGCGGCUGAAGACACACGGCCCCGGGGCGUCUACUUCCGACCCUCUCGGUUUUCCAUUGCUUCGGGCACCUGCUGUAGACUGUGGCAAGGGACACCUCUUCUGCUGGGAGUGUCAAGGUGAAGCCCAUGAGCCCUGUGACUGUGACAUCUGGAAGUUAUGGCUACAGAAAGUCAAUGAAAUGAAACCUGAGGAACUGGCUGGUGUGAGUGAAGCUUAUGAGGAUGCGGCCAACUGUUUAUGGUUGCUCUCAAACUCUAAACCCUGUGCCAAUUGCAAAUCCCCAAUUCAGAAAAAUGAGGGUUGCAACCACAUGCAGUGUGCGAAGUGUAAAUAUGACUUCUGUUGGAUCUGUCUGGAAGAGUGGAAAAAGCACAGCUCAUCCACAGGAGGCUAUUAUCGCUGUACCCGCUAUGAAGUCAUUCAACAGGUGGAGGAGCAGUCAAAGGAGAUGACAGAAGAAGCAGAAAAGAAACACAAGAGCUUUCAGGAACUGGACCGCUUCAUGCACUACUACACACGCUUCAAGAACCAUGAACACAGCUAUCAGCUGGAGCAGCGCCUGUUAAAAACAGCCAAAGAGAAAAUGGAGCAACUCAGUCGGGCCUUACGUGGAAGGGAAGGAGGCCCACCUGACACAACAUUUAUUGAAGAUGCGGUCCUGGAACUACUAAAGACCCGCCGUAUCCUCAAGUGCUCUUAUCCUUAUGGGUUCUUCUUGCAGCCGAAAAGCACAAAGAAGGAGAUCUAUGAGCUCAUGCAGACAGACCUGGAGAUGGUAACUGAAGACCUUGCACAAAAGGUCAACCGGCCUUACCUGCGGACUCCGCGCCACAAGAUAAUUCGUGCAGCCUGUUUGGUACAGCAGAAGAGACAGGAGUUUCUGGCUUCAGUAGCAAGAGGAGUGGCCCCCAAUGAUUCGCCUGAGGCCCCAAGGCGCAGUUUUGCCGGAGGAACGUGGGACUGGGAAUAUUUGGGCUUUGCGUCACCUGAGGAGUAUGCUGAGUUCCAGUACAGACGGAGACAUAGACAGCGGAGGCGAGGUGACAUGGCCAGUCUCCGUAGCAACACACCUGACCCUGAUGAUCCCAGUGAUAGUAUUCUAGACAACGAGGAAGUGGGAGGUGGGCAUAGACAAGGUCGUUUGAUGGGUCUUGGUUCUUUGGAUGACGACGACCCUAACAUUCUACUAGCCAUUCAGCUGUCACUCCAGGAAUCAGGGAUGGCAGGGGAACAGUCCACUCAUGAUUUCCUUGCUAAUGAAGCAUCGCUUGGAGCAAUUGGCACCUCCUUGCCUUCCAGGCUUGAACAGAGUGCUCCAGAUGUAGAGGUCCUCCCCAGAGUGUCCUUAAGCAGCUCAGAACUACUAGAGUUGGGAGACAACUUGGCUAGACUUGGCAACAUCAAUAUCAGCAGCCAUUACUCUGCUGCCACUGGUCUUCCCACCUCUGGUCAGUUCUGUGACAGCCACAACCGAGGCAACGGCAAAGGCUCUGUGCCAAUACAAGUAGCUCCAGGUGGCAGUUACUCAUCAACAGGUGUGUUCUCAUCAGGUGACACAAUAGACUCAACCACAUGCAGCAGCAAUGACCCGGCCUCCUCUUCUGCAUUAGCGGCAAAUGCUAAUUUGCUGGGCAACAUCAUGGCAUGGUUCCACGACAUGAACCCUCAAGGCAUCACCCUGGUCCCCCCAACCUCUUCUGACACGGACACAAAUGUGGACGAAUUCCAUGCAGGUGGACACGAAUGCCUGCAUGAUGAAGAGAACGCUGGGGUCGUCAUCCUCCAUGAGAACAGGAAGUCUCAGGAAGGAAUGUCAGAAGUUGCUUUUGGUUCCUCAAGAAUUUGUGACAUGGAGAAAAAGGAAUGUCCUGUUGUAGAGAGGCCGACACAGCUCCAUCUAGUGGGGCUGGACCCCUUGCCAUUACCUUACAUACGCACCCAUGGUACAUCUGGGGACCAUGAGGAGCGGGGAGACACGAAGGUCUGUCAUGUUGACACACCACAAUGUGUAUCUGACCAGUUAGCCAGCAGCAGCUCCUCAGACUGGGAGGAGCAAGUACACUUGGUAUGAUCCAUUUGGCUUGAGGUGGGGAGGGAGCUUUUUAUUUUUGGCAGGGCAAAGAUCUUUAUAGUUCUACUUGCUACAUUCAUUAGGAAUGUAUACAGAAUCAAGUUGCAUCACUUUGUUUGGAAGGUGUAGAAAGUGUUCCAACUUGAGCUGGCAGAUGGAAGAUGUUUGCUGUCAGAAAUGUGUUUACCGAGCGCUCCUUUUGAAAGAAAGCUUGAGCCAAUGGGAAGAUUGCGCCUGAUAAUUAUUGAGAACAUGAAUCUUGCGCAGAUCGAGCUGAACCAAGAUAUUUUGACAUUGACCACUGUAGAAUUGAAUGUGGGUUAAAUUUGACAAGCAGUGUAACUGUAGUCCCUGCCAUGUGACCGACGACGCUGGAGUCACAUACUGUAGUUGCUCAUUUACAACUAAUCUUUAAAUUAUUUCUUCUUAUCCAGAGCACCGACAGAUUUUGAAAGGUAUCCAAUCUAACAUUGGUCUUUUUUUUUUUUUUUUUUUUU